GUUGGAUCAAGAAGAUAAAAGACAGACACUCAGGAUACUCUAUAUAUGAUAACAAUGGAGGAUAGCCUACCCGAUAACCCAUUAAAGAGAGGGCCCUAUACACUGUAUUAUAAUAAGAUAAACAACAACAUGACAGCCGUUUCACAGGACAACAGCCGUUUUAAUCUGCUGGUUGUGAGGACAGUGGCGAUGUCAAGCGUAGUGAUACUUGUCUUGGCGUAUGUCGGGAUUACCGUGUCACAGGAAACUAACAAGCCGGAUGUAGCCGACAUGAUAGCGGACUGUCGGACAAUAUGUGGUGAUACCUUCUACAAUUGCCUUAUAUUUGAUUGUCAAAGUGAUAGCGUGCUCUGUGAUAAACGAUGCACUAUGUCUUUUCGCGAGUGUUACUCUAGCUGUGAAACAUUCCGGGUGGACAAAGAACCAAGUACCCCUUUUAUUGAAAACGAAGAACCAUAUAAAAGUAAUGAUAUGUGAAAUUAAAUUAAUUAUAAGUUGCUGAAUAGUAGAAAACAAGUAUAUAAACCGAUCGUUGUAGAUGAAAUGGAUGUUUUUAAUUACUGUCUAUCAAUUAAAAUGGGCAUGGCCAUAAUGUUUUGUUAUCCCUCCCCCCUUUAAAUGUUUAAAAUGGUUUUAGCAUGGCGUUUUAAAUACUCAAUCAAGAUUUGAGAGUCAUUCUUUGAGCUAUAAGAGAGAUACAAAGCUCGCCUUCAUUUCAUGUCCGCAAAGCUCAUAUUAUGUUUUGGUUUACAUUUUAAAAUUCCAAGGUUUAGACCUUAAAUGAACGCGACAAACGUUAGAAACUGCUUUUGUAUGUUCAAAACAAUUUAGCAGAUAAAAAAUAAUGCUUCAAAGGUUACUUUUACUGGUAUUUUGAGCCAUUUGUAAACAAAAACAUGACAGUUUUAGUUAAAUAGCAAAGAAUUGUGAGCUCUGUAUUUUUGUUAUAACUCUACGUAUGACACUCAAAUUUUGGUUGAUCAUUAGAAUAACAUUGUAUAAAAUACUUACAAAUUUUUGUUACAGAAAAUAUGUUGUUAAACGUUUCCAGGUGCAUAUAUUAAAAAAACCCAUCAAUAAUCAUUAACAAAUCACUAACCACCGCGUUUUUACUUAUAAUGUGUUUAAGUGAAUUUAUAAAUAUGAUCGUUUAUAUAUAAAUAGAGUGUGAUAACUUUCAUAUCUUUGAAAACCAUGGCAAAUAUGUACUGAGCUAUGUAGACUCCGGACCGUGUCUUUAGACAUUGAUAACUAAGUAUUUCUAGCUAUUUAGAUGUUUGAAUUUAAAGAACAGUCUAUCAUAUCUACCUUUUUCUUCCCCUCUUUCGUGACGGUUGUCUGUUAAUGUUUCAGUACGUAAAGUACUUCUUUUAUGAUGUUGUUUGUAUGACAGAGAUUUCUCUCAUUACGUUUGUAACAUUGUAUUACAAGAUCACCUUAUAUUCACAUUUUUCACGGUCGAAUAUGUUUGAAAAAGAACCUGCCUUGAAUUGCAAUAAGAACAUUUUUAUUUGAACAUAAAACUUUAUACACCGUGUGAUUUUUUCAAAACAGCAGUAUAACAAAAAUCGAAACUGAAACUAGAUUUCCGUGUUUCUGAAGUUCAAUUCAGGGGAAAUAGUUUAUGUCUUACAUCGUUUUCCCCGAAUUAAGCAGCUCACAGGACUUUGCUUUUUAUCUUUAAUCAAAAUUUCAACAACAAUUGAACGUUAGAUAGAAAAAAUUCAUUUAUUACAUAGCACCAAAAACAUAUAUAUGAACAUAGGCCUAGGGAUUUAGAUUUCCCAAAUAAGUAACAGGUCAAAAACAAUUUUUUCUUGAGAGAGAUUGGAUCAAACACAAACGUUUAGAAAACUUUAUAUGAGGAUUCUUUCAUAGUUAACUCACCAAUUUGUACUACAAUAGUUCAUGAGAAGAAGAUUUUUAAAUAUGUACACUACAUUUAAUUAUUUUUUUUAACUUAGAAUUCAUCUUUGAGCCCAA